AUGUCCGAUCCCUCAGUUCGUCUUCGCAACUCCAUAGUGAGCGGUAAUUAUUUUAUAGUGACGCGGUUACUUAAGCGGUUUCCGGAUCUAGUCGAUAAUAUCGAUCCAUCAAAUGGCUGGACAAACCUUCAUUAUGCUGCCUAUCAUGAUAGAUAUGAAAUAUCCGAGGUUAUUCUCGGUCUGAUCGCCCAGAGGGACCAGGACGGAACGUAUAGUCGGCCAUCACCUACACCUGCAACAGCCGGGGGUACAGGAAAUGGCUCGGUUCAUUCAGACUAUACCCAAAUUACUUCCGAGGAUGAGAUUAAGCUCAAUUUCGAUAGAGACACUGUGAUACAUGUAGCCUGCCGUGGUAAUGCGUCAAGAACACUUAGGCUACUCCUGGACUAUUUUAAUGUAUGCGUUGAUCAAAAGGGUGCCCAUGGUUAUAUUCCUUCCCACAUCUGCUGCAUUAAAGACCAUCCCGAAUGCCUGGUGAUACUUUUAGAAAAUGGCGCAUACCCUAAUUUGAUCGAUGAUCAGGGUAACACUCCUCUUCAUUUGGCUUUGCAAUAUGGGUUUAUGCGCUGUGUUGAACUUCUUAUCCGUCACCAUGCAGAUGAUACCAUGGUUAACAACGAGGGCUGGACUCCAUUGGACACUGUUUAUGACUUUGAUAUCAAGACAAAAUACAAAAGACUUAAGGAGAGCCUCAACCAGAAUAUUCAAGGCGCAAACGAGCCGUUGGUCACCACUACUCUUACGACUCUUCGCCAUAGAAAGUCCUGCGAUUCUAGCCUUCCCGAGAGGGGGCCACUUCCAAGCAUAACUUCUAGAAAGUAUUCUCUGUCGUCUGUUAUCUCGAGCGAUCUAGAAGAGUCUUCGCUAGCAGAUAUUCCUGUGGCAUUAAAUUCCCGCAACUCCAAAGGUUUCAGCUCCAAUUAUUCAUGUCCAGAUUUAGAAAGUAAGAACAGUCUCACGAGGCAUAGUUCUUCGAGUGCUAGCUCGUUAGAGCAAGUGAGGGUCAAAGGACAACAGACGUCUUCAAAUAGAAGCACUGGAAGGCUUUCUAGAAAGGCACCUCCUCCCAUUCAAACAACAGACCUGGGACCUCUUGGAACCCACGCACUGAGCAGAAGAAGUCCUAUGUCGGCAAGCGGGUCUGGUCUAUUAAUAUCCAAUUGCAGUCCUUCUCCAUCUUCAAAGAGAUCGUCUAUGGUCAAUAGAACAUUCAGAUCGAGCUCGCUCACUUCGGAGGUGUCUCCGACGAAGAACAGAUCUUCAUCAUUAUCUCAACAACAGCCUCAAAGGCGUGAUUCUUUCUCCACAACGAUUUCUUCUAUAUCAGCGAAAUCUCAAUCUCAACAGUCACAGCAGUCACAACAGUCACAAUCUCACUAUAUAGAGCUAGACGAUGCAGCAUCAAAAUUGAAUGAUUUCAAAUCCAAAAACAACGAUAGACUGAAGCUGGGAUUGAAGUUGGGUAAUUUGAUUCUCAAUAGAUCCCAGGAGAGUUUACCCACCCAGAUGGAAUUAGAACUGACGGAGACAGGAUCUCUGAUAGGAAAUGAAGGACUUAAAAAGAGCCGCAUAUUGAGCAUACCAAUAGCCAGUCUACGUAACAAACGUGUUGUAUAA